GAUGGAUGAAGUGAAGGCAUCGUUGGCUGAGAUGGGCAUCCAUCUGAAAUCUGCCUUCAUCACCAAAGUCAUGAGACUUCUCACUACGCCCACAGCUCCAGUAGAGGAGCGAGUCCAGCUCAUAAUGUCUCAUUUCUUGACCGCUGACCUCAAUAUGUGCGGAUCGGGAUGCCUCCCACACAAUCUGCACUCCGAACACAACUCUGUGCUGAGGGGCCGGCAUGUGCUGCAAGUUGAUGAGGCCGUCGACACGGCAGCCUGUGCAAAGCAGAGAUAUGAAGGGGCGGGAGGCAGGAGGUGCCUGAAGCUGUCUCUCACGGAUGGACAGCGCCGUGCCUUUGCCUUUGAGCAGACACCUAUAGCGGCCAUCAAAACUCUCUGCCCUGCAGGCUUGAAGGUGGUCAUCACAGAUGCACCAAUCAAGAGGGGCAUGCUUGUUCUCAAGCCAGAGAACAUCAGUGUCAUUGGAGGCGAGGUGGAGAGGAUGGAGCAAGCUCGCCAGAGGAUGGUUGAGCGGUGGAAGCAGCCCGUGGCAUGCAGCUCUGGAAGGAACGGCGCCACUGUGAAUCUGUUUGUGGCAGCAACUGCCGCUGCAUGGCCCCAGCAGGCCGCUGAUGGAGUCCCAGGAGUGCCGCCACAGCUGCCCCAGUUGCCACCAGCCGCUCACAGUCCACAGAGACAGCAGGCACCUGAAUCCAGGAUCAACCCCCAGGUCCACCCCAGAAACAUCCCCCCUCCUGCGCCCGUGCCACGCAGUCAGAAUCAGGGGAACAUUGCGCAGGCAGCCAGGCCCACUCCAGCCCGCCAGCAGAGGAGUGCCAGGGAGGUGGGCCAGGGUGCAGCUGGUGGGCUGAUGCAGCAGUCUGACAGCCAGGAAGUCGAGGUGAUAGAUGUCAGCGAUGCAGAGGGGCGCGGUGAUGCGCCAGCUGACAGCGAGAGCUCGCUUGACAGCUGGGGCGACCACGCGGCGGCGUUGGCCGAGCGGGGACGCAACAGGCUGAAGAGAAAGGCGCCUGCGCAGCUGAUCAUUGAGGAUGAUGAGCAGGAGUCCCUGUCCGAGCAACCGCCACAGUCCCGACCUCGCGCCAGCGCUGCUGAUAAGCCUGACAGGGCACAGGAAAUGUGCGAGAUGCGGGGAGCUCUGACUUCCCUGUCCCAGCUUGCAGACUUGGAUGAGAAGGACUACCCUGCCACUGUACGAGUGCAUGGGAGCAUUGUGGGCAUGGUGAGCAACCUUCACUUCAUGGACGAGAACAGGGCUGUGCUGGACGGCUGGAAACUGGACAUGAGCAUUGAGGACAGCACAAGUGGCAGAGUGCAGAUCGUGGCAGUGUGUGACUCAUUUCUCGUGGAAUUUCUAGGUCUGACAACAAGGGACGCAUAUUCUCUGGCAAGACAGGGCCAGGUUGACGUGCUGAGGCAGAAAUUGCGUCAUCUGAAGCAGCUCGUCCAAGACUUUCAGGGCUUCAUGGCACUGGAGGUCAGCAAUGCAAAUGCAAAGCCCCUUGUGCUAUCUCUGGAGGCAGGACAGAGAUCUGCUCCCUGACAGGAACUUGCGAUGUCCGUGUCUGUGCUUGUGUGGUUCUCCCCUGGUGUGCCAACCAAUGGCCCAUGUUACGGCCUUGUGUGCAACUCAGUUCCUUACAGAUGAGAUCUAGACCUGGAUAACUUUUGAACUGUUAUACUUGAAAGACUAUUGCAGUAUGUAUGGGAUCCUCUGCACCCCACUGUGAGCAACCUGACAAUUGUGCAAAGUUGAAGUUGACAUUUCCACAACCGUUGACAGCAGUUCAUCAAAUGAUGCUCGUCAUUGUAAUGCAGGGAACAAUCCAA